AUGGGGUCUCCUUCCCCCCUCUCUCCCCCCACCGUUUCUCCCCACUUCGUUUCCCCCGAAAUUGGGCGGCGGCCAGGGUUCUGCGCGUUUACGGAUCUUCUGCGUACAUUGACCGGAGUGAGCAACUGGCGGACGCUUUCGAACGCGCGGCGGCGGAUUUUUUCUCCCGUGCUCUCCACUUUGUUCACCACGCACUCUUUUCGGGAAGUUUUUGAAGAGGGAAGUUUCUCUUCGUUCUCUCCAAGGGUUGCGGCGGUUUGCUUGGGGGUGAAAGCGGUUGCAUCGGUACAGCGUAGACCCGUUGUGCAAAGUGCCAGUCUGCGGUUUCUUCAACCAGUUUUGUCGCGUAUCACCACCGCUCUUUUUAAGGGCACGCGACACACAGCAGGGUCUGCUGUUGCUCGUUUUGCCCCGCAGACAUUUCGUGUUUUCCUCGUUCUCGAGUUUUUGUGGUGGGGCGCUGGCGGCUCUCGCGCGCGUGCGCCUUGUGAGAACGGUUCACAGAAAAUGGAAGAGGAAUUGACCCCAGAAAUACUCGCCGCCCGCGCGAAGCUGCGGGAGCGGUUUGGACAGGCUUCCCAGCAGCUCGGCGGCAAGGGGACUGCUCGCAGAAAGACCAAGAAGGCCCACAAGUCGGUCGUCGUUGACGACAAAAAGCUCCAGCUCACACUGAAACGGCUGGGAGUCUCGACCAUCUAUGGCAUCGAGGAGGUUCUCAUGAUUCAGGACAACGGCAAGGCUCUUCAAUUCCUUACCCCCAAGGUGCAAGCCGCCCCUGCGGCCAACACUUACGUCGUUUCGGGCCACUACGAGGAGAGGCCGAAUAUGUUUCCCGGCGGACUUCCGGGCAUGUUCUCCCAGCGAGGCGCCGGAGCGGGGGGAAUGAACUUUGACACUUCCCUGAUCACUCCGGAGAUGCUCCGCCAGCUGCAGCAGCACAUGUCUGCCUUGAAGACGGGUGCGGGCGGUGCUGAAGGAGCGGCCGCAGGCGAAGGCGCCGAGACUGGCGACGCCAGCAAGAAGGGAGAUGAUGACGUCCCCGAGCUUGUGCAGAACUUCGAGGAUGUUUCAGAGCAAUGAAGGCUCGCGGAUCCAGUUGCCCAAGUUUAUGACAUGUUGCUCAACACAAGAAUGUACACGAACAGUUUCGACGAUGUCGAGGAUUGAGAUGCUCGUCAAAAAACUCUUGCUGCGACUCUAAUUUCUUGUUUGCCAUGCAGCAAAAGCGACACGGUGCCUGCGGUCUACAUUUUCCAGA